GUGAAGCUCUGUUUACUUUUAUCUGCAAGAAGAAGAAGAAGAAAAAAGCUCAACAUCAAAGCCUCAGCUGGUCAGAACCACGCUCGGCUCACUGGACCCAUCAGCAGCAGCUUUUGACGGAUAGGAAGUCCGUCCGUGUCUCCGGUUAUUAUUUGGGCCUCCACCACAACCCAAAAAAUGUCUACGAAGGCCCCGACCGAGGACGAGAAGUUCCUCUUCGUCGACAAGGACUUCCUGAACAGCCCCAUGGCGCAGGCCGACUGGUCGGCCAGGAAGCUGGUGUGGAUCCCGUCGGAGAAGCACGGCUUCGAGGCGGCCAGCGUCAAGGAGGAGCACGGCGACGAGGUUCUGGUGGAGCUGGCGGACAGCACCAAGAAGCUGACCGUCAACAAGGACGACAUCCAGAAGAUGAACCCGCCCAAAUUCAGCAAGGUGGAGGACAUGGCCGAGCUCACCUGCCUGAACGAGGCCUCCGUGCUGCACAACAUCCGCGAGAGGUACUUCUCCGGCCUUAUUUAUACGUACUCCGGCCUGUUCUGCGUGGUGGUCAACCCGUACAAGAUGCUGCCCAUCUACUCGGACAAGAUCAUCGAGAUGUACAAAGGGAAGAAACGACACGAGCUCCCCCCUCACAUCUACUCCAUCGCUGACAACGCCUACAGGAACAUGAUGCAGGAUCGUGAGGACCAGUCCAUUCUCUGCACUGGAGAGUCUGGCGCUGGCAAGACGGAGAACACCAAGAAGGUCAUCCAGUAUCUGGCUCUCGUGGCCUCCUCGCAUAAAGGCAAGAAGGACAGCAGCGUUCAACAAUCAGGAACACAGUUUGCCUACGGGGAGCUGGAGAAGCAGCUGCUGCAGGCCAACCCCAUCCUGGAGGCCUUUGGAAAUGCCAAGACCAUCAAAAACGACAACUCCUCCCGAUUUGGAAAAUUCAUCCGCAUCAACUUUGAAGUGACCGGCUACAUCGUCGGAGCCAACAUUGAGACGUACCUGCUGGAGAAGUCUCGCUGCAUCAGACAAGCAAAGACAGAAAGAGCUUUUCACAUCUUCUACUACAUGAUUGCUGGUGUCCAGGGCAAGUUGCGUGAGGACCUUCUUCUGGAACCCUUCAGCAAUUACCGCUUCCUGUGCGGGGGCCACGUUCAGGUCGCCGGCCAGGAGGACGAUGUGAUGUACGAAGAGACCAUGGAGGCCAUGAAGAUCCUCGGCUUCAACGACGAGGAGAGAAUCGACAUGAUGAAGGUGUGCUCCACAGUCAUGCAGCUGGGAAACAUCGAGUUCAAGAAAGAGAGGAACCAGGAGCAGGCCACCAUGCCAGACAACACCGCGGCACAGAAAGUGUGCCACCUGCAGGGCAUCAACGUGACGGACUUUACGCGCGCCAUCCUCACCCCUCGGAUCAAAGUGGGCAGAGAGGUGGUGCAGAAGGCUCAGACCAAAGAGCAGGCCGACUUUGCGAUCGAAGCCCUGGCUAAAGCCGUGUUUGAGAGACUCUUCCGCUGGAUCCUGGGCCGAGUCAACAAAGCCCUGGACAAGGCCAAGCGCCAGGGAGCCUCCUUCCUGGGAAUCCUCGACAUCGCCGGCUUUGAGAUCUUUGAGAACAAUUCCUUUGAGCAGCUGUGUAUCAACUUCACCAACGAGAAGCUGCAGCAGCUCUUCAACCACACCAUGUUCAUCCUGGAGCAGGAGGAGUACCAGAGGGAGGGCAUCGAGUGGAACUUCAUCGAUUUCGGCCUCGACCUGCAGCCGUGCAUCGAGCUCAUCGAGAGGCCGAACAACCCUCCAGGCGUCCUGGCUCUGCUGGAUGAGGAGUGCUGGUUUCCAAAAGCCACAGACAUCUCGUUUGUGGAGAAGCUCUCCAACACUCAGGGGAACCAUGUGAAAUUUGCCAAACCUAAACAGCUCAAAUCCAAGACCGAGUUCUCUCUUUUCCAUUAUGCAGGCAGGGUGGAUUACAACGCCCACGCCUGGUUGACGAAGAACAUGGACCCCCUGAAUGACAACGUCAUAUCGCUGCUCAACAACUCCUCCAGCACGUUUGUGCAGGACCUCUGGAAAGACGGGGACCGAGUGGUGGGUCUGGACACGCUGGCCAAGAUGACGGACAGCUCGCAGAGCGGCUCCAAGACCAAGAAGGGAAUGUUCCGCACGGUGGGACAGCUCUACAAGGAGUCUCUGACCAAACUGAUGACCACGCUGCACAACACACAGCCCAACUUCGUCAGGUGCAUCAUCCCCAACCACGAGAAGAGGUCCGGGAAGCUGGAUGCGUUCCUGGUCCUGGAUCAGCUGAGGUGUAACGGCGUGUUGGAGGGGAUCAGAAUCUGCCGACAAGGAUUCCCCAACAGAAUCGUCUUCCAGGAGUUCCGCCAGCGUUAUGAGAUCCUGGCAGCGAGUGCUAUCCCCAAAGGUUUUAUGGAUGGAAAACAAGCCUGCUGCCUCAUGAUCAAGCAUCUGGACCUGGACCCCAACCUGUACAGGAUCGGACUGAGUAAGAUGUUCUUCCGCACGGGAGUGCUGGCCCAGCUGGAGGAGGAGAGAGAUCUGAAGAUCACCGUGGUCAUCAUCGCUUUCCAGUCCCAGGCUCGAGGAUUCCUGGCCAGAAAGGCAUUCUCCAAAAGGCAACAGCAACUCACAGCCAUGAAAGUGAUCCAGAGGAACUGUGCUGCUUACCUCAAGCUAAGGAACUGGCAGUGGUGGAGACUCUUCACAAAGGUCAAGCCUCUGCUGCAAGUCACACGCCAGGAGGAGGAGAUGAGCUUGAAGGACGACGAGCUGCUGAGAGCCAAAGAAAUUGCUGGAAAGACCGAAAUUGAGCUGAAGGAGAUCACCUUGAAACACACAUCGGUUCUGGAGGAGAGGAACUCGCUGCAGGAGCAGCUCCAAGCGGAGACGGAGCUGUACGCCGAGGCCGAGGAGAUGAGGGUCCGCCUGGCGUCCAAGAAGCAGGAGCUGGAGGAGAUCCUCCACGAGAUGGAGGCGAGACUGGAUGAAGAGGAGGAGCGCGCUCAGACGCUGUUGGUGGAUAAGAAGAAGAUGCAACAGCAGAUGCAGGAAUUGGAAGAGCACUUGGAGGAGGAGGAAGAUGCCCGUCAAAAGCUGCAGCUGGAGAAGGUCACCUGUGACGGGAAGGUCAAGAAGCUGGAUGACGACAUCUUGGUGAUGGAGGACCACAACAACAAGCUGCAGAAGGAGAGGAAGCUGAUGGAGGAGAGGAUCGCAGACUUCAGUUCCAACCUGGCGGAGGAAGAGGAGAAGUCGAAGAACCUCACCAAGCUCAAAAAUAAACACGAGUCCAUGAUCUCUGAACUUGAGGUCCGCUUGAAAAAGGAAGAGAAGGGUCGACAGGAGCUGGAUAAGGCGAAGCGUAAGUUGGAAGCGGAGUCGAACGACAUGCAGGAGCAGAUCGCCGACCUGCUGGCCCAGAUCGCCGACCUCAAAGCGCAGCUCGCGAAGAAGGAGGAGGAGCUACAGAACGCCUUGGCCAGGUUAGAAGAUGAGAUCGCUCAGAAGAACAACGCUCUGAAGAAGAUCAGGGAGCUGGAGGGACACAUCUCCGACCUGCAGGAGGACCUCGACUCGGAGCGGGCGGCGAGGAACAAAGCGGAGAAGAUCAAACGGGACCUCGGCGAGGAGCUGGAGGCCCUCAAGUCUGAGCUGGAGGACACUCUGGACACCACGGCCACGCAGCAGGAACUGAGGGCCAAACGUGAUCAGGAGGUGAACCUGCUGAAGAAAGCCAUCGAUGACGAGAACCGGACCCACGAGUCCCAACUUCAGGAGAUGAGGCAGAAACACACCCAGUCGGUGGAGGAGCUCACCGACCAGCUGGAGCAGUCCAAACGAGUGAAGUCCAACCUGGAGAAGGCCAAACAAGCUCUGGAGAAGGAGACGUCCGAUUUAACCGUCGAGGUGCGCUCGCUCGGCCAGGCCAAGCAAGACGGGGAGCACAAGAGGAAGAAGUUGGAAGGUCAGGUGACGGAUCUGCAGUCGCGCUUCACCGACAGCGAGAAGCAGAAGGCCGAGCUGGGAGACCGCUGCUCCAAGAUCACCAUUGAACUGGAGGGUGUGACGAACCUGCUGAAUGAGGCCGAGGGCAAGAACAGCAAACUCAGCAAAGAUGUCUCCAGCCUCACCGCCCAAGUCCAAGACUCACAGGAGCUGCUGGCUGAGGAGACGCGUCAGAAACUGCAGUUCUCCACGAAACUGCGGCAAGCGGAGGACGACAAGAGCAACCUGCAGGAGCAGCUGGAGGAGGAGAUGGAGGCCAAGAUGAACGUGGAGAGGCACGUCUCCACCCUCACUAUCCAGUUGUCAGAUUCGAAGAAGAAGAUGGACGAGAUGACGGGGAACAUCGAGCAGCUGGAAGAAGGGAAGAAGCGUCUGCAGAGGGACUUGGAGGCGGCCAACACCCAGUUCGAGGAGAAGGCCUCCGCGUAUGACAAGUUGGAGAAGACCAAGAACCGGCUGCAGCAGGAGCUCGAGGACACGCUGAUGGACCUGGACAACCAGAGGCAGAACGUGUCCAACCUGGAGAAGAAGCAGAAGAAGUUUGACCAGAUGCUGGCUGAGGAGAAGAGCAUCUCCAGUAAAUAUGCAGAUGAGAGAGACAGAGCUGAAGCCGAGGCCAGAGAGAAGGAGACCAAAGCUCUGUCCCUGGCCAGAGCUCUGGACGAGGCCCAGGGCUCAAGAGAAGAGCUGGACAGAGCCAACAAGUCCCUGAAGAUGGAGAUGGAGGACUUGAUCAGCUCCAAGGAUGACGUGGGGAAGAAUGUCCACGAGCUGGAGAAGUCCAAACGAGGUCUGGAGGCCCAGGUGGAGGAGAUGAAGACCCAGCUGGAGGAACUGGAGGACGAGCUGCAGGCGGCUGAGGACGCCAAGCUGCGUCUGGAGGUCAACAUGCAGGCCCUGAAAGCCCAGUUCGACCGCGACCUUCAGGGGCGAGACGAGAUGGGAGAGGAGAAGAAGAGGCAGCUCGUCAAGCAGGUCCGUGAGUUGGAGACGGAGCUGGAGGACGAGCGUAAGCAGAGGGCCGUGGCGACGGCAGCCAAGAAGAAGUUGGAGACGGACAUGAAGGACAUGGAGGGACAGAUCGAGACGGCCAGUAAGGGGCGGGAUGAGGCCAUCAAGCAGCUCCGCAAGCUCCAGGCGCAGAUGAAGGACUACCAGAGGGAGUUGGAAGACGCCCGCGCCGCCAGAGAAGAGGUGCUAACCACCGCCAAGGAGAGUGAGAAGAAGGCCAAGGGUCUGGAAGCUGAGCUCAUGCAGCUACAGGAGGAACUGGCGGCCGCUGACAGGGCACGGAAGCAGGCGGAGGCCGAAAGAGACGAGCUCUCCGAUGAGCUGGCGAGCAACUCCUCUGGAAAGUCAUCCUUGGCAGAUGAGAAGCGCCGCCUGGAAGCUAAGAUCUCCCAGCUGGAGGAGGAGCUGGAGGAAGAGCAGAGCAACAUGGAGAUCCUCAACGAGAGGCUGAGGAAGAGCACGCAGCAGACGGAGCAGCUGAACAUCGAGCUGCAGACGGAGCGCAGCACCUCCCAGAAGAACGAGAGCGCCCGGCAGCAGAUGGAGCGCCAGAACAAGGAGCUGAAGUCAAAGCUCCAGGAGAUGGAGAACCAGGUCAAGUCCAAGUUCAAGUCCUCCAUCACUGCCUUGGAGGCUAAAGUGGCUCAGAUGGAGGAGCAGCUGGAGCAGGAGAACAGGGAAAAGCAGGCGUCGGCUAAGAGCGUGCGGCAGAAGGACAAGAAGCUCAAGGAACUGAUCAUGCAGGUGGAAGAUGAACGGAAGCAGGCGGAGCAGAACAAAGACCAGGCGGAGAAGUCCAACACCCGCCUGAAGCAGCUGAAGCGGCAGCUGGAGGAGUCCGAGGAGGAGUCUCAGCGCGCCACGGCCGCCCGCAGGAAGCUGCAGAGGGAGCUGGACGAGGCCACCGAGGCCACCGAGGCCAUGAGCCGCGAGGUCAACUCCCUGAAGACCAAACUCAGGCGUGGAACCGAGCCCUCCUUCGGCAGCACGGCCCGGCGUACGGGCGGCGGCCGGCGGGUGGUCGAAGACGCCUCAGACGAGGAGGCCGACUCCCAAAGUGACUUCAACGGCACCAAGUCUGCGGAGUGAGGGACGUCGAAGAAUCCAGAUAUCAGAAUGACCUACCAGGGCACCGCCUGCCACUUUAAGAGAAUAACGUCCUUGUUCUUCCGUAUCACUUUACAAUAAAUAAAUUAUAUAUAAAAUAUAUUAUAUAUUAAAAAAUAUAUAAAAUAUUAUAUAUAUAAAUAUUAUAUAUAUAUAAUAUAUACUCAAACAUCCAAUAGUGUACCGCUCUAUUGUCUUGUUUCAGAGCACUUUUUUUCUUAAAGCACAAUAAUCAGAAGGACUUGAUAUCUAUGGUUGUUUUGGUGGCCUUGCAGUUCCUUUUAUUAUUUUAUUUUGAAGUUACACUGUUUUGUACUGCACUGAAUGACCGACGAGUCCUUCCGAUGCAGUUGUGUCCACAAACAAGUGACUCUAAUUACCACGCCGCCCUCCAGUCUCCAUCAUAAGACACCACGACUUAACAAAGCAGACGUCAUGUAAAUCUAUGGAUCUGUAACUCUGCGUUUGACUGCCACAUUGGAUACGUAGAAAGAUAUUUAUAUAUACACUAUGCGUCCAGUCAUUGCUGCUGUUAGUAUCCCAACAGACAAAUAGUUAGUUCAACUUUUUCUUAAAGUCACGGUUUUAUAUCUUUUAUUAGACAAGUUCAGAUACUUUUCCUCAAGCUCAGCAAGAAUGUUUAAAUGUUUAAGAGCCUCGACUAUAAAAUCACCAGCCAGAUUUUAGGCAACAUCAUUUUCUAUCCGCCCCCCCACACACACUCAUUCGAUCAUGUUAUAUGUAAAUCAACUGACGUUUACAUGACACCAGCCAUAUCUAUUUACUGUUGAACCACCCGCACAAGAAAUAAAGAUCUUUAAAACAA